AUGGGUCAGUCAUUUGAGGCUUCCGCAGAGCCCAACGACUCCAAGAGCAGCGUACACAGCUCGCCAAGCGACUUGAGCGUUUCCGGACGCAGCUCGGUCCAGGUUUCGUCGCAAUCGUCUCCGGCGUCGGUAAUGAACUUGCCAUCGAAGCUGAGCCCCAACGAGCUGGAAGAGAUGGACGGCGACGUGGAGGCCUUUCUACAGGUCCUGGAACGCACGGAGGCUCAGCUACAGAACGCCAAAGCCGUGGAGCAGCCGGAAUUGGAGCAGCUGAUUCAAAUGGCAAAACAGACGGUCUUGCGAUUAAAUUUGAGCAAGAACCUGGUCAAGUACCAAUUGAGGAGCAACAUGGAGGAGUACGCAACGGAGCGUCAACUUCUGCUCAAAAACAUCGCCAACAUCGAGAAAAACGUUCACAUAUUACAGAACGAAAACGAAUGCAUAAACAUGAAGAACCUGAAACUGAUCAAAAGCUUGAAGACGCUCAAGAAUGACAGGGUGAAGGCACUCAAGGCGGAAAAUGCGCUUCUACGCAAACAGGUCCAGGACCAGUCGACUCGUAGCCCGACGAUGCUGGAUGCACUAGGAAGACUCGCGGUCCAAGACGACGCAUGCAAGCCUGAGCAUUCCGAUCGUGUCUCCUCUGGUCAGACUAUGCAUUGCGGUGCACGGAUGUUAGUUUUCCAUUUUCUAUUUCUAAAUUGUAGUAGCACCACAAAUAAAUAUUUCAUCAUGGAGACUCUAGUACUUGUUGCCAUUGUGGUGAUUCUGGCCACUUUCUUCCUGGGAAGCACUAUAUUUGCACCCUCGCGAACAGUGGAAAUCAAUCCCGCGUCAGACGAUGUGGCUGUGGAGGAGCAGGAGUUCACUCCUCGUACUUUGUAUAAGUACAAUGGGUUUGAUCUCGAGCAGAUUUACAUUGCAGUGAAGGGCAAUGUGUACGAUGUCUCGAAGGCCAGACAAUUUUACGGCCCAUCAGGACCAUACUCGAAUUUUGCUGGCCACGACGCAUCUCGUGGACUGGCGAAAAACUCGUUUGACGAGUGUAAGUAUCUACCGUUUGUCUCAACUAACGUAUAG